AACAUCCUGGAUACCGUCACCAUCGAGACUGCAACGUUCGAGAACGUCAUCCUGCCAUAUCUCCAGGUCGAGAACGAACAGAACGCGUUGCUCUACCCCGUCUUCUUGCAGCGCCUCGGAACCAAGCCAGAGCUAGAUGACGCUAUAAACAACCUCAGUAGCAACACCAGCGCUGUUGGAGACAACAUAAUGGGCAAUGCAGACUUUUUCAAAUUGGUGGACUAUCUCUACAAGUCCAACGACACGAGCCUGGACGAAGAGGACCGAACAUCACUGAAAGGGCUCUGGAGCGACAUCGUCGAUACAGGCGUGAACAUGCCGGCCGACCAGCGCAACCAAUAUCAGAACAUGAACGAUCGACUGAUUGACAUCGCCCACGAGUUCAUCAAAAAUGUGAACACGGAUCAUCAAUACGUGUACUUCACGGCUGAAGAGCUUCAAGGCGUCCCUGCAACGACACUCGCAGGUUGGGCAAAUGGUACUGGGGAGAAUGCCGGCAAGUACGAGAUCGACGUCACCAUCCAGAACGACUAUUUCGGCAUCACAUCGUACGCGGUGAAUGAGACGACGAGAUAUACGGCACAGCUCGCGUAUCUCAGCCAAUGUCUGGAGAACAAUGCGCUCCUCUCAGAGGCCAUUGAGCUGCGUUUGAAGGUCGCCCAGCUGAUGGGUUAUGCAUCCUGGGCUGAUCUUGUUCUCAAGGAUGACAUAGCGCAUAAUUCAGACACCGUGACCUCGUUUCUCGUUGAACUCCAAUCCCGCGUUGACGAUCUGGCGUUGAGCGACAACCAGGCCUAUAACAAAGUGAAGGCAAACGACACCGGGAUAGUGUCACCGAUCGGUGACCAUGAUAUCGUCUAUCGAUUUGACAACGAUUACUACGUGACCGAGCUAUAUGCGGAGUCCGUGCAACUGGAUGACGACGCGAUUUCUGCCUAUUUUCCCAUCAAGACUACUAUUCCCGCUAUUCUGGCCCUCUACGGCCAAAUUUACGGGAUCUACUUCGACCGGAUCCAGGGACAAGACCUUGACGAGCUCUCGCCAACAGGCAAUGGCACCGACUUGUUGUGGCAUCCAGAUGUGCAGCUCUACGCCGUCUGGAACAACCAGGCUUGGCUCGCGAACAACGGGGGCGAUGAUAAAUUUGUCGGAUACAUGUAUCUGGACCUCUUCUACCGGGAAGGGGUCAAAGCUGGUCAAGGCGCGAGUGCGAGGACCCUUGCUCCAGGCUAUCUCAAGCCCGACGGCUGUCGGUACUAUUCCUCGUCAUCAGCCCAGACUAUUCACACCAAGUCCGACGAUGAGGAUAGUAAGCCUUCACUUAUCCAAUAUUACGAUCUGGCAGACACCUUCAACAUACUCGGCCACAACAUGCAGUCAUUGCUGGCCAAGACCAAAUACAGUGCGAAUGGCGGAAUCAUCGGAACUCCUAUAGAUUGGAAAGAGUUCCCUGCAACAUUUAUGGAGAACUUUGCAUUUCUCCCUGAUACGCUACGCAACAUCACGCGACAUUGGUCGAGCUUCUCGGAUCAAGCUGCCGCGGAAUGGAGGAAGGAGCAAGGUCUUGACUCGACAGCCCCUCUUCCACCUGUCGUCAUGCCAGAGGACCUUAUCGCAGCAAUCAACAACGACACCACACCAGGAACGGGACUGGGAGUUACUGAACAACUUGCGUACUGCUUCUACGACCAAGCUAUCCACAAUAUCACGAGCCUCGACGAAGCAAAGACGUUGGACGUAGCCACGUUAUUCGGCAAAACCUACCGCGAAGUCAAUCUACAACCGGAUGCAACCGAUUUGGGCCUGCCAUACAAUUAUAACAAUUAUCAAGCCAUCUUCACCCAACUCAUAAACCCCGUAUAUGCAGGACAAUACUACUCGUACCUGUGGUGCGACGCAUAUGCGGCAGACGUCUUCUACUCGUUCUUCAAAGACGACCCUUUCAACCCAACCACCGGCAUGAGAUAUCGCACCCAGGUGCUGCAGCCCGGUGGUUCGGGAGAUCCGUUGCAAGGACUCAAGAACUUCCUUGGCCGCGAUCCGAAUGACCAAGGUUACUAUGAGAGCUUGAAUCUCACCUCCACUUCGAGCGGGUGA